AUGGUAGAGAAUUUUGCAGCGAGGCUGGCGGUGACCACAGAGGAGCAACGAGUAGUGGUGAUUGAUGACAAGGAAUGGUCUAUUCUCAAGAUGACUAAGGUCUGGGAAAGUGCUGACUCAAAGUUAAAUGGAGAUAAUGAUACCACCUGGGCACGUGGAAUACAUAUUUCUUUAAGCGCCAAGAACAAACUUGGCUUCAUUAUUGGCGACAUUGAAGAACCAUCAUCCUCCGAGGAUCCUGAUAUGCACGCAGCUUGGUGCCGCUGCAAUGAUACGAUUCUUUCUUGGCUUUUUCACUCUUUGGAGCCAGAGCUUGUCGAGUCCGUUCUCUUAUCCACCACUACCAAAGCCGUCUGGGACGACCUUCGCGAACGGUUCUUUCAAAGCAACAUUCCCCGCAUAUUCCAACUCAACCGUGAACUCGCCACCAUCUCCCAAGGUACUUCAUCUGUCUCUGCCUAUUUCACUCAUCUCAAAGGUCUUUGGGAUGAACUUGCCUCAUAUAACGAACAUCGCACCUGUUCUUAUGGUGCUAAGAAUGAUCGGCAACAACUUAUGCAAUUUCUCAUGUGA